AUGGUGGAGAAACCACUUAUCUUAUCCCACAUAUACUACCCAAAAACUCUCUCUAUACACUCUUGUGGGAGUACGGUAGAAGUUCUUAAGAAAGAAAAGAAGAGAACAAGUUGUCUUAAUUCUCCAUUUUUCUUCCAAGGCUAUCACCAAAAGCUUUUGGGUUUUGUGAGUUGUCGAAAUCAAGGGAUAUUUCUGCUAAGGACUGUUGCAACAAGAACGACAACUGGUGGUGAAGGGUUACAAUGCUGGGGCUAUGUUGAAGUUCUAACAAAGGUUCAUUUAUUUUGGUGGCAUUUUAAGAGUCCUUCUCGAGUCAAACAUCCAUAUGCACCAUGGCCAACAAUUUUAUGGCUUGCAGGAGGCCCAGGUGGUUCAGGAGUUGCAUCUGGAAAUUUCUUAGCAAUAGGGCCAUUAGAUGGACAUUUAAAUCAUCGUCAAUAUACAUGGCUUCAAAAGGCAGAUCUCUUAUUUGUGGAUAGUCCAGCUGGAACAGGCUUCAGUUAUGUCGAGGAUGAAACCUUGUUGGCUAGAAGUGAUGAAGGGGCAACAACUGAGUUACUUUUCUUGUUAAAGAAUCUAUUCAACAGAUUUAAAUUCCUCCAAGAAAGUCCUCUUUAUAUAUUUGGAGAGUCAUAUGGAGGAAAAAUUGCAGUUACUCUUGGAUUAGCAAUUGUAAAAGCAAUCGAUGAAGAAGCAUUAACGCUUAAACUUGGCGGAGUUGCCUUAGGAGACAGCUGGAUUUCUCCUGAAGAUUUUGUGUUUUCAUGGGGACCUCUUCUAAAAGAUAUGUCUCGUCUCGAUGACAACGGUUUAAAGACAUCAAACGAUUUGACUCAAAAAAUAAAGCACCAGCUUGAGAAACAUGAGUAUAAAGAAGCAACUUCUACAACGUAUGAGCUACAAAAGAGAAUUUUUGAGCACAGUAAUUUUGUGGAUUUCUACAAUUUAUUAUUGGAUCAAGGUACUAUGCGGAUCAAUGUUAACAUACUUAGCUUAAUGAAUGGCCGUAUUAGAAACAAGCUACAAAUUAUUCCUAAGAAUAUAACUUGGGGAGAUCAACUCGAAAAAUUUCGUAAUGCUUUUAGUGAAGAGUUCAUGAAACCUAGAAUUAACGAGGUUGACCAGCUGUUGGCCAAAGGCGUGAAUGUCACUGUAUACAAUGGACAACUCGAUCUCAUAUGCUCAACCAAAGGAGCAGAAGCAUGGGUCAAGAAGCUUAGGUGGAAUGGCUUGCAAUCUUAUUUAAACUUAGAUCGUGAUCCAUUGUAUUGCGGAAAUGACAGGAGAAUAACAAAAGGAUUUCGAAGAAAAUAUGGAAACUUUGCUUUCUAUUGGAUUAUCAUGUCUGGUCACAAUAUACCACUGUUCCAGCCCUGUAUUGCUUUGCAAAUGGUGGACGAAAUCACUAAAUCCCCAAGUUUUCACUAG